GGUUAAAGGGUUUGAUUUUCCAAAGGCAUUACAACAAAUUUGAAGUCUUAAUAUCGUAAAGGUUUUACAUAUCCUUUCGCUAAAUAAAAUAUUCAUUGAACGUUAUAUUUUUAAAGCUUUCCAGUUUAGCAAAUCUGUUUCUCGUAUUCGUCGGAGUUUGCUUUUGUUUCCACACAUCUAAUAUACUCUAUUUAUUCCCAUUGAUAGCUUCCUUUUUGUGCCUUCCUCUUGCGCAGCUCUUUUACACCAGCUCUAAUAUUAGUUAUUUAAGUCUACAUUGAAAUAUUUGGUAAACUUCUUAUUAUUUUGUUGCUUUUGAUAUAAUACGCCUAUAGUACUACUUUAAAUUUGAAAAAUUAAUAUACACUCAUUUUCACGUAUCCUUAAGGUACAUUUCUUCUCCGUAUCAUUAAAUGAUUAUGCCGGUGACGGCUAAGAAAUACAGUAUAUCGAACACCAAAAAUACUAAGAAGAUAGAAUAGGUAAAUACGCCCCCAAUAGGCGAGAGCAGCAUUAAAGCUUCUUCUUUGUUGAUUUCUUUUUUUCACAGGAGAUAUUUUCGUCUCUUUUUCAUUUAUUCUUUGUUACUUUUUUUUGCCUCAUUCAAGAGUUGGUAAUCUGAGUAAACACCCUUUGCUCGUGUAUCAUGAAGAGCAAAGUCCAAACACAUGUUCGAUCUUACUCGAGUACCCCUUCCAUAACCUCUGAUACCCUUACAUCAGAGGAAAAGAGAGAUUUCAAUGCUGAAAUUUCAAAUAGCAAUGUGAUUCCCGAGGUUAACCAAAAUGCUCCUAUCCCUUCAAAUGUUGCAAAGCAUGGAUAUGUAUUUUCCUCUAACACGCAGAAUUGUGACAUGGACAGCUUCGGUUCUCUGUGGACAUCGUUUCCAACGGAUAAGAUUAACAUAUUAAAGCGUAACGAUAGCAGCUGGAGAGCAAACUACACAAUAAACUCUCUUGUCAACCUGAGCAACAGUAGUUGCAAUCAACAUCCCAAUACGCAGCUUGCUAUCCCAGGAAAGGCGUUGUCAUGCAAUAAGACCUUCAGUUCGCUUAAUUUCAGCGCAUCGAUUCUUUCACAGAGUAGCAAUAGCAGCUCCUAUCAAACCGUAUCCUCUAGUACCGCAUGGAGCUGCAUCGGAUCGCCCUACGUGUUGAAUAUCAUUAAGAGAAGAGAGUCUAAAGACUUACAUUCUGACUCUGAAAAGAUCUUAUCAGCACAGGCAAGGGUUCCUGAAUCAGAGAAUCAAGUUAAAUUGCAGACACUAAACAUACCGGAGGUGAUUGCGCAUUCUCCUUCCGAGUUUUCAUCUUUAUCUAUCCACAAAGGGAAAAGGCAUGCGGUGCAAAUUACUUGCGCUGGAAUCGACCAGACUGGCGGCACCGAAGGCGAUCGGCAUGGUCUGGCAGGUUUAAACAGUUUUCUGAUGAAGAGAGAGCCCGCAUCUCGGGACACAUCAGUACCAACAAUAUCACCCACCAUCUCAGAAGCUACAACGCACGAAAAUUUUUCCUUGAAUGACUUUCAGGGGGUGCCUACUGCGAAGGUUGCAUCCGCGACGGAUGUGGUUGAUCCUUCCCCCGCAGUCAGCACCCAGCAACGAACGAAGGCAGCCACUGUGAGCUUUGCAGAGGGUAAAAUUAAAUACACAGCAUCCUCAAAAAAUAUGCAAAGCGCGUAUCCCAUAUCGUUUCAAUCAUUUUCUAAGGGUAACCAAUAUCAUCGGAAGCGUAGCAUGGGGUCUGAGGUAACAAUAGAGGGGGGAUAUGCUGCUUGUGCUAAGGGCAUGAUCAGUUUUCGAAGCCGGGGCUCAAACUACAGCUGGCGCAAUAUUGGUAGUAGCAUCGGUAAUCAAUCGUAUAGCUUUGGAUACGUUACCCUUAGCAAUGACGAUACACAGUCCUUAAGUAUGUAUCCCGUACCCCCUUACAAUCGGCCCUCUGUCAACAUAACGCAGGCGCCGGAUUUGUCAAGUACGACACCGUCUGACCUCUCUGUCAACAGCGAUGACGACAGCAUCGCCAGCGCCCCGGAUGUAAUGAAUAUGUGCAUGACAAACGCGAUGCGGAAGUGGAAGACGAAGUCCGGACUCCGCUUCAUCAACCAGUACCAGAUCCUCGAGGGUAUCGGACAUGGUACGUCCGCAAAGGUGAAGCUGGCAUACGACACCGUCCAUACCCGCCUGGUGGCAUUGAAGGAGGUGCUACGGGCGGAUCUCAAACGCCGCCUCGGCGGCCCCACGCAGGCGCAGCUCAACUAUGAAUCCUUCAUGCGUGAAGUAUCCGUCAUGAAGCGGCUGCGGCAUCGAAACAUCGUCCACCUCUACGAGGUGAUCGACGACCCGAACGCCGAGGAACUCUAUCUCGUCAUGCAAUACGUCGACCGUGGCGUUAUCGCCGACAUCAAGCUGAGCGACAACACCGAUAAGGUUUGUGAGCCCAUUCCACCCUCGCAGCUCGUACAGGUGGUACGGCAGGCUCUGGCGGGGUUGGAAUAUCUCCAUCGACAUAACGUCGUGCACCGCGAUAUCAAGCCGCAGAACAUCCUCAUGGAUAGCAACGGUGUAUUGUAUCUCUCGGACUUUGGUCUCGCCGAGGUCUUCGAUAAGCAAUCCCUCCAGCGGAUGCAUCACAUAAUGGAGCAGAGUAUGGUGCAAAGUAAGGAUCUAUGUGUCACCGAGGCACACGCCCGCGUGCAGAAGAUCUGGGGUGUCAAGGGAACCAUGUUGUUCCUCGCACCGGAGGUUUGGAAAGGGAGCAGCACGAACGGGAAGCCAGUGGAUAUAUGGGCGAUGGGGGUGACGUUGUUUACGCUGCUUACUGGGAGGCUUCCAUUCACCACCAUCGACGCCGUUCGGGAUCCCACCAAGCCGGUGAUUCCAACGGAGUACGGAGUGGAGUGGACUGAGCUACUAAAAGGGAUGCUGGAGCGUGAGCCAAAGAAACGCAUGACGGUUUCACAGGCACGUCUUCAAGUCAAAAAGCUAAUUAAUAUACAAGGUAAGCAGAAUUCCACCAAGGAGUUAGCCGACUGCACUCCAAACGAGCAACAGCGGAAGCCCCCUAAGGAAAUCACCAGUGAAAAUAACCGGAUGCGCGGUUUCUACUCGCUGAGGAAGUUUGCUUCACCCCGAUCUCCGGCUGAGCAGGGGACACAAUCGGCCUGUUUAGCUCCAAUGCCCCAACCUGGACCUCUAUCGCCUAUUAAACGCUCCCUGAGCACGCCCCCUACAAGUGGGGGCCCCAUCCCGGAAACGCGCCCGGUGAUCCGGCGCCGCUGCCAGCGAUGCCGAUGGCUUUCGCUUUGCUCCGUUGGGAGUAACUUACCGAGAUUGCCGUUUGAAAGUCUAACCCGAACCUCCGCGCGCUCGGUAGGGGAAGUUGACAUGCUUGAAAAGCAAACCGGCGAUCCACGAGUGCCAUGCCGCAGCGUUGGGGUUUCCGAUAACACCUCUGACGAGAACAUCGGGAAUAAGCCCACCGGGACGUUACUGAGCUCGUUCAGACAGAUCUACCCGUCUCCUCGAUCAGAUGUCUCGCUUAACCUUCCCCGCGUUCAAGGAACUGCUCAAUGUGUCGAAAAAACAACCACUGAUCCACACUCAAGCCACCCAUCGAGUUGCAUGUAUAAUAUCGGUCUGUUAAGAGAGCCGAAGAAUCAGACCAGCACUUUAUCAUCUCUUAAUUCCCUCGCAUUGCAACCGUCAUGGUCGAAAGUAUCAAACCAUCUACCUCCGAUACAAACCUUCCCUUCUAAUGUCCUGACGAAACCUUGA